GUCAGGGAUUAUGAAGUACCGAGAACAUUGCUGUGACACAUGAAACACAUCUCCUGGGAAAGAAAGAAGUAGUUGAAAUAGCAUGAUGGAUAACCGUUUCGCCACUGCUCUAGUAAUUGCCUGUGUGCUCAGCCUUAUCUCCACCAUCUACAUGGCAGCCUCCAUUGGCACGGACUUCUGGUAUGAGUAUCGCAACCCGUCACCUCCUGAAAAUAACAGUGAACCCAACAAGGCCUCUUGGGAAGAAUUCAUCUCUGAAGAUGCAGAUGAAAAGACGUACAUGGAUGCGCUCUUUCAGUGGAAUGGCACCAUUGGCCUGUGGCGGAGGUGCAUCACAACGACUGAAAACUCUUACUGGUACAAUUCUCCAGGUGAGACAGUGACGAAGUGCAUCAGUUUUUCCCUUUCAGACCAGUUCAUGGAAAAAUACAAGGAACCUGGGAAUCAUAACAGUGGCAGUGACCUGAACCGUACCUACUUGUGGCGCUUGCAGUUCCUCCUGCCCUUUGUCAGCCUCGGCCUGAUGUGCUUUGGGGCUCUUAUCGGGCUCUGUGCUUGUGCCUGCCGCAGUCUGUACCCCGCCAUAGCCACUGGGGUCCUCCACUUCUUAGCAGGUCUGUGCACGCUGGGCUCCGUCUGCUGCUACGUGGCUGGAAUCGAGCUGCUCCACCAGAAGCUGCCCCCUCCCGAGGGUGUGCAGGGCCAGUUCGGCUGGUCCUUCUGCCUCGCCUGCGUCUCUGCCCCUUUGCAGUUCAUGGCUGCUGCCCUCUUCAUCUGGGCUGCACGUACUAACAGGAAGGAAUUCACACUCUUAAAAGCAUACCGGGUGGCAUAACAGGAUAUUUUUUUUCAUUGCUGCUCAAGC